UGCUGACUCUGGAAACCUUUUGUGUGACCAACUGGUCGAGCUUGAGGAUCCACAGAGUGCGAUGCUUUUACUUAGGCAUUGCCAUGUUCCUAGAAUGACACACUUGGCAAGGUCAGUAGCACCAAAGUACCUCAUCGAAGCAGCUUCACUGCAUGAUCAUCUGACAAGAGAGUCAUUUUCAAAAAUACUGAACUGUGGUCCAAUUCCAAACGACAGGUGGUUUCAAGCGACACUACCGAUUAAAAAUGGAGGUUUUGGGAUGACAUCCAUUACAGAGAUAUGUCAAAUAGCCUUUAUAUCUAGCUGGGCUAAUGCACUGUCGACAUUACCGAUUCGAUUCCCAGCUAUGGAGAAUCAAAUUAAUGAAAUCAUUUUUGGAGAUGGUGCAGAUGGUUCUAUUAGAUCCGAGUUACUUCGAGCAAUUCCUCCUGGCAAGAUUUUUACUGACUUGCUAGAGGACACUAAGAGACUACAACAAAAAUUAACUCGUCAACACAUGUCUUUUGCUACUGCCCACAUGGUAGAAAACACUGCUUCGCCCAGAGAUGCGGCUCGCCUUCGCUCUCUAGGUGGAAAAGGUGCUGGCUCCUGGCUUAACACGAUUCCAGAAUCAGCAAAAUUCGCACUCUCACCUUACGAAUUCCGUUUGGCGUGUUUGCUGAGAUUGGGUCUAUCUUUGCCGGCUGUCAGAUGGAUUGAGCAGUGUGAUUGUGGAACUGCAUUAGACGAAAUGGGAUACCACUUGCUGACUUGUAAGAAGGGUGGUGGGCCUGUUUGGUCACACGAUUCGAUAGUAAGUGAAUGGGAUGACUGUUUGCGGCAGCUGCAGAUUCACCACAAAAAGGAACCGAGGGACAGAUACAAUGAUAGCAACAACAGACCGGACAUCGCUGUCUUUGAUGUUGGCUCUGGUGCCAAUGUGGAACUAGAUGUAGCCCUUUCACAUCCAUGGGCAUCGGACAUUGUGAGUCAGGCUGCUGAGAAAGACGGGGCAGCAGCAGCAAGAAGAGAGGACAGGAAGACAAAAAAAUACAGUGAGCUAAAGCUCGCUGGAAUGUCUUCAAUGAGAUUUGUUCCCCUCGUCAUGGAACACUUUGGUCGCUGGGGUGAAGAAGCCACAAAGUAUCUACAGGAACUAUCUCGCCGAUCAUGUGAUGAUGCUGGCAACAAUAACUGCAAUGAGUUUAUGUGCUUUUGGCGAAAGCGGUUUUCAAUAACACUACAGCGGUGCAAUGCAAAGACAAUAGCAAAAAAAUUUCUAUUCUUACCUUUAAUAGUUGUAACACUGUAGAUGACUUUGUCACACAAUUUUACAUACAUUAGGUAUAGAUAGCAGUAUAGUUGUAGUGGCCGCAUAGAGCCUGCUUAAACUCACCUUCUCUUCAUUAGCCUGUAGUAGUGUUCAUGUUUGAAAUAUAUGAGGAUAGACAGACAGACAGACAGACAGACAGACAGACAGACAUUGUUACAACACAUUCCACUAGUGAUUUAUGAUCAUGACAGACAGACAUACAGAGA